AGAUUAGUCAGCCCUGUCAAGUGACCUAAAAUCUUUGAUGUCCAUGUAAUUACCCGCGUUCGACGCGUUUUCACGAUUUUACUAGUUUUUUAAUAAAGUAACUGUUUAUUUCCGGGAUUAUAUCUGGUCUGUGCGCUUGUUUACACCCCUAACCCUAACCCAAUCCCUAACCCAAAUAAAGAGGGUUAUAUAAUAUCGAAAACGGCAUUAGCGACAAUAGUAACAACAACACCAACAAUACCAACACCAUUAAUACCAGCCAUUAUAACAACGUAGCGACCUAUCGUGGGUUUCCCACGCAUUUAUAGAACCGGCGUACACUCUCUCAAUCUAUAAUGUCUGGGCGCCGUCGUCCAGCGACGCGUCAGACCGAGGCCGUUGAGCCAGCGGAGCCGGUCGCGAGACAGACUCGACGAAGUGCUAGACUUACCGAAGCAUCUGUGGAGCCUGAAUCCCGAUCGCAGAUUGAAAUCUCACGACGCGGUACUGGGCGUCGGCGUCGUAGGAGCCUCGAGAGCGGCGCGACACACGAGGCCCCGAAAGGCUCUACAGAUCACGUGAAUCCCGAGCUAGAAAACGAGCCAGAAGAUGAGCCAGAACAUCUUGACUUGGCUCCGAUAUCUGAGCCUAUCGUUUCCCAGAAUGACGCAGGAUCCGAGACAGACGAUAUUCACGAGUCAUUGGAGGUGGACGCUUCUAGAAUUCAAGAUAUGCUCGACUUUGAUAUACCCAAGUUCACACGCUGGUCCGGCAACAUGUACGACAUCCUAUCAUCUAUAGAUAACAAGCAGCCAAGCGUGGAAGAUCGUUCAAGGUUAAGUCGCACCAGAAAAUCAUAUAAUCACGCCCGCCUUCCUUUUGCCGAUACCAGCGCCUUUCUCAUAAAGCCUAUCAACUUCUCCGAGGACUAUGGCCCAGAAGUUCGAGCCAAGAUACAAGUAGCAAUCUGCUCUGGAAACAUUAUAUCACUUCUUGCCUCUAUUGUAGAUGUCACAGUUGGCAAAAAGGGAUCGCUCCCGGUUCUUGAACAGCUGGAUGACUCUUUCCCGGCCUCGUUCAAUCUACAUUCUCCGGAGAAUGACGACACGGAGCGGCUUCUAGAUCUAGCAUUCCGUAUUCGAUGUCGUCACGUAGUUGAACUACUAACUGCUGAGUCUUCCGUUGGCCCGUACGAAUUGGCUGCCAGUAUGUUCUAUAGUCAGUUCUCACAUGCUCCUGACGGCUCCCAGGUGGCUACCAGCCAAGAACAAUACAAACAUUUGGCUGGGGUCAAUAUUAACGAAAACUCCCGCCUCUAUGAAAGCUAUCAAGCCCGCAUCCAGGAGAUCAUCUCUAUUCUUUCUUCCGAUGACAGAUCCGAAGUGGAAUCGCGUCUAGAUCAAGAUUGCCCCAAGGAACAGCUCUUUAAUGACCUCAGAUCAUGGGGCCUAGAUAUGUAUAAACAACUUAAUAAUAUGCCGACAGAUCAGGGAAACGUGGAAGCCGCCAAACCAACAAAAGGAGAAGAUGUGCAUGCAUUAGUAAGACGUGGAGAAUCAGAGUCUCUUUUCGUCGACGACAAUGAAGAGACUAGAGGGGACUCAGACUCAGACUCUGAAUCAGACACAGAUGUUGCAGGAUAUGAUAAACUGCCAACCCAGGAAUCUAAUCGGAAUUUCAUUAAUAGUUCCGCCAUCCUGGCCGCCGUGAGGCGGAGCGAGAAUCAGCAUGUAUCAAGUUCUAUAUCGGUACCGCCUUCUAAUCAACAAGCUAUAGAGGAUAAUGGGCAAACGUUCAGUAUCAGAGACGCAAUCCGCGGCUUAGAUCCUAGCCAGGUAAUUGGUCGUACGAGGAAACGCCCGGCUCCUAGUGAAGAUGAUGCAAGCGAAGGCGAUGAUGACUUUGAAGUAAAUACGCAACUUUUUAACGAACCCAGGCGGUCUCGUAACGAAGAUGCAACUGUUCAAAGACCACCUUCUAAACGCCCCCGAACCUUGGAACAACCUCAGAUUGUGCGUCGCCAGCAAGUUACUAAGGAACGGCCGCGGAGCGAUAUAUUUGAAGACCUUGAUUUACAGGAACGAGAUAUUGUCAGGUUAACUCAGGAGGCCCGAGAUGCUCGACGUGCGACCUAUGUGAACAGGGCCAAGCCCCGGCAAGUUCGCGUACCGUGGUCCUUCUCUGAUACCUCCAAACUCUUGGACCUAAUCGCCGACCGAUCCAUAAAUUGCUCAUGGAGUACCAUUGCGAGAAUAGGCGAUUUCGAAACCCCACGAAACCAGCAACAAGUACGUGAUAAGGCUCGUGGUCUAAAAGUUUUGUACUUGGAAAGUGACCGGGUUUUGCCGCUAGGUUUCGAUCAAGUUGUUCUAGGCCAGAAAGAAAAGGCUGCAGUCAUCAAGUGUGGCAAGAACCCUGAUCGGCAAGAAGACGACCUAAACGAAGAUGGCGAAAUUACCAAUAAUAUAUGGAUUGGUUGAGACUAGCCUAGGCAACUUGCUACAUCUUUAUAUAAUUUUUUUUAUUUUAGAGGUGCGCCCACUAUAUUCAGUCUGGGUUAGGGAGUGGGAGGUUUAUUAGGUGUAUUCUUUUUCGUUAUUCUAUGCGUUGCAGUCAUCUAAAUGGCGUUUCAGCAGAUAGAUACCCCGUUAGACUAGCUUUGGCCUGUAAUAAGGAAUUAACCCUUUAAUGCUUCUUGAUAACCAUACCCCUAGUCGCUUGUUAGUCGUGCUUCACCGUCCGUCUCAUGCUUUCAUGGAUAGCGACGGUCCAAGGAGGAUUCAUAGGCUUGCGGAUACAGUAUUUCCCAAACUCGGCGACGUGGGUUGCUACUGCAAUUCGGUCGUCUUAUCCAUAAACAGGUCUCAGUUCUUUCAACAUUACUCUAAACAACAAUUGCCGGUAGUUUAUUUUAUAUAUAUACGCCAGACAAUAACAAGCGGAGUUAAGCAGGAAGUCCGAACUAGGCAUAGUCGGUUACAUGUAGGCUAGCAAAAUAGCAAACCUCGUUCUCGCAUUCUGGGACCCUGGGUAGUAUCGGAUUCGAGAAUAUGACAAAAAUUUAAUAGCCGCUGUAGCAGGAGCCAAUAAGGUUGUGUAUAAUUUACCUAAGGCUCGAUUUUGUGGAGUGCUU